UUGGGGCCGACUCGCCGGGCUGUUUGUCAUGAUUGGACUUUUCCUUCCCAAGUGGAACCACAGGAGGGAUAUGAUAUUUGACGGGCGUUGAAUGCAUUAGAACCUAGAGCCUGUCUCAAAAUGUGCAGUUUAGUUCGGCUCUGCCCAUGUCGAUCACGUAUUGGACGAUCCCACCGAUGAAAUUAUAUCGCCUCGUAUUCUGCCGAGCGUGGACUCUGUGGACCGAGUGCUGCUCCCAAUUUCCAUCCCCAAAUCUUGCAGAGAACCGGGCGCUUAGAUAACAACUAAUAAACCGAAUCGUCACUUCUCUCCUCUUUCUUUCAAUUCAUCACGCCAUACACGUCAGUUCUGCAACCUAAUGCAUUCACAAACCCCCUCAAGAUCUCGUUAUGCUCGAUCGCGAAUCGUGACAGUCGCCCUCCUAGCACUCCUCUUCUCGGCAGCACCGUGCCAUGCAACCUGUUACUACCCGGACGGCUCAGCCGCAACUAGCAUGGAAACAUGUCCUGGCAGCAAGUCGUGCUGUGGUAAAAACCAGGCGUGUCUUUCGAACGGGCUAUGUUUUGGAGCUGACCUAGGCGUCAUUUAUCGCGGCAGCUGCUCAGAUAAAUCGUGGCCUAUCGCAGACUGCCCGCGUGCAUGCUACACCGAAAUCCCAAAGUCAUAUGCUAAUCUCUUUCAAUGUCCCGGCAAUGGCGAUUGGAAGAAUAUGACAUGUAGUAGCAGAGGCGAUGCAGAAACCGCGUGCGGAGUCGAUGCUGUAGGUUCGUGGGAAUGGGUUUCCGGUGGCACCGUAACGUCAGGCCAGAACGGUGUCUCGACAUGCAGCGAUGUAGCCACACGGACGACGAACCUGACAAAUUCAACAAACUCGACGCAGACAAGUUGCCCGGCUUGCACAGAACCCGCGAGCCAGUCGUCUAGCCACUCAGCAGUUGCACUUGGCGCUGGUCUAGGCGCUGGGCUAGGUGUACCUCUAUUGAUAUCAACGGCGCUCUUGAUUUAUUGCAUGGGCGCGCGGCGACGAUUACUGUCCAGUCCACAGCGGCAGAUGAGCAUGAACCAGCCAAUCACCGGACAGUCAAGAGAUCCGCCUUCUGAGUUGAAUGGGGGUACAUACGUGGCUGAAUUGGGCUCUAAAGACAUUCGCUCUGAGCUGCAAGGAUAGUGAGGCUUUUCAACUUAAAUCAUAACUUGGCGCCAUACACAAAAAGUGCAGCAGAACGAUAUAUAUGUGUGUAUAAUUAUUCAGUUGGUAUCCCGAACUUAAAGUGCGUAACACGGUCGUUGUCGUGUACAAUAGGAGUUUUAUCGGCUCCCUGAUAAUACAAUAGGCCAAGUCC